AAACCAUUAACCAAUCAACAGACACCAAUCGACUUUGCUACUCUAUCUAGUUGAAGGUUGAAAAAUGAAACUUGAAAAUUAAUAAUUUGUCAACUUUUAGUGAUUAACAGUGUGUAGUUUUGAGUGAAUCCAAAUUAUUAAAAAAAUUAUAACAUAGAAGCAUAAACCAACCUGAUUAGAAUAUUAAUGCAUUUAGUACAAACGCUGUGCUACAAAGCUUAUAACCAUGUGUGCCUAUUCUAUUUGACUGUUGUAAGAAUAUUAUCAAUAAUUUUAUCAGCUUUCACGAUAAUUUCCAUUGUUUUAAAAGUGGGGUUUUAAACAGUUUAAAUAAAACGUUACGAUCUUGCACAAGUAUGACUCAUUUAGCUAGUGGCCGUGCUUAAAAGUUUUUUGGAAUGACGUUGAAUCAAUAACCAGGACUAAGUUAUUGACAUUGGUUUACACAUGAGAACAUACUGAAUAUUCUAAAUUGUUAAGCUAUUUUAAAAUUGAAAAAUGGGAAAGUAUACAGGAAAGAAAUGCCGUUUAUUAUCUAUGUUAUGGCUAACAGGAAGCUUUUUCAUAGUGGAAUUAGUUGUUGGAUAUGUUACAAAUUCCAUGGCAUUGGUAGCAGACUCCUUUCACAUGUUGAGUGAUGUUGCGGCCCUUGUUAUAGCUUUUCUCUCAGUAAAGAUGUCGCCGAAGAAAUGGUCAAAGAACACAUUCGGAUGGGCGCGCGCUGAAGUACUUGGUGCCUUAGUUAAUGCAGUCUUCCUUGUGGCAUUGUGCUUCAGCAUCACAGUGGAGGCUGUUCAGAGGUUUAUCAAUAUUGAGACGAUACACAAUGCGAAACUAUUGGUUGCUGUGGGUACAUUGGGGCUGGUUUUGAAUAUCGUUGGGCUAUUCCUGUUUCAUGAACACGGCAGCAGUCAUGGCCACACACACGGCGGUGUUCCACCUCCAUCGAAUGUCAGACACCUCACAGAGUUAGUGAAUAGCAAUGCAGACAUGGCCCUUGGUCAUGCGACCACAGAUAAUGAAGAGACAGAUGAAAUGGUUCCACCCAAAGUUGACAAACUACCGAAGAAGCAAGCGCCUAAGAGUACAGACCCGGGGCACUUGAAUAUGAAGGGUGUGUUUUUGCACGUGCUCUCCGAUGCUUUAGGUUCAAUAAUAGUGGUUAUAUCGGCAUUAGUUGUAUGGUUGACUGAAUGGGAGUACCGAUUCUACAUUGACCCAGCCCUUAGUAUAGUGUUAGUUUUAUUAAUACUUACCUCAGUCUGGCCACUAUUGAGGGAGUCCGCACUUAUUUUGCUACAAACUGUACCAACACAUAUACAGGUGGACGCGAUACAAAGGCGUCUGUUGGACGAGGUCGACGGUGUGUUGGCGGUGCAUGAAUUUCACGUGUGGCAGUUGGCUGGAGAUAGGAUUAUUGCCAGUGCGCAUAUAAGAUGUAGAAACUUAUCAGAGUACAUGAAGAUAGCUGAAAAGGUGAAGGAAUUCUUCCACAACGAGGGCAUUCAUUCGACAACAAUACAGCCCGAGUUUGUGGAGUUACCCCUAGAUGGAAAUGAGAUGGUCAGCUCGUCAGCGGAGGCUCCGUGCGCUUUACAUUGCCCGGUUAACGACUCGUGCCAUAACGCUACGUGCUGUGGCCCGAACCAACAGAAACAAAGUACACCAUCGCCGACCGUCACUCCGGUGUGCCGGCAGAGGAAUAUGGGAUCCCGAACGGAGUCCCUGAACUCAAAUCUAGGUACAGGGAAUCAGGCAAAUCCGAGUGCAAGGAAUUUAGACGCCUUAGAAUGCGGGUCCCUUUUGCCAUCACCUAUGGGAGAGAACCGACUCGCAGUGUGACAGACGGCCUCCUAACACACAACUAGCUCCUCCCCAAUACAUAUUAGUUGUGUUACAAAUUAUAUAUAAGUAAUAAUGUUCCGAAGUAAAUUUUUUGCUGGACUUUGUUUUUCACAUUUUUGUUAAUAAUAUUCAUAUUUUAAGGAUGACUUUAUUAGAUGUACAAUAAAUGGACUAUUUUGUUAAUUUAUUUGUUUAACAAAACUUUUGGCGUACUUAAAACCUCAAAAAAUAGAUAUCAAAGAAUAAAUUAAAAAAAUAACACAAAAUUAGAGCAGCGAUCGGUGGGCACAAUUGGUGUAUUAUUCAUUCUGUACUAAUUAAUAUGAAAAAGAUUUGUAGGUUUUAAAUUUACUUUAACUUACAUCAAAGUAACAGUAUAUUUAUUUAGUUUUUUUUUUAAUUGUAUGUCAUAAAUCAUCUUUAAAAUAUGAUUUUUUUUGUAACGCACACUUCUACCACAACGUGUCAGUAUUGUUAAAUAUGCUACCAAAUAAACAAUAGGAAUGUGUUCUUAGAGAUAAGCGUUUCAAAUUAAAUAUAUAUACCCCCAAAGUUGUUGCCACGGUAGAUAUGGAAUUUAUAUCGACUAAUCGAAGAAUAAUAUCGAAAUCUAAUGAUUUGAUUUCUUCAUUUGUACCGUCCGACUCUUCCGCCAUUAUUUAAAUUCCGGAGCUGUCAAAUAUGAAGUUUGACAAUUGGCAGUGCUUCAUUUGUUUCAUUGAUAAUUUUAGGUUUCAAAUCCCUUGAUUUAUUUAUGAGUUUUUUAGAUGCACCUUAAAAACAUUAAUAUUAUUCUUCGAUCAGUUUAAAGUUGUCAGUUCAAAAAUCGGUUGAUAGUAUAAGGAAAGUUUUUAGGUAGUAAUUUCGUUAGUUAUAUCUUCAUUUAAGAAUUGCUAACAUUUUGUUGUUUUGUUUUGCCUAGAUUCCUUUGUUUUGGGUUGGAAGGUACUCCAAAAUAUUUAAAACUAGACAAAUCUAUGAUAAUGUGUCAACGACAUUUCGUUACAAUUUUUGUGGUAAAUUGUUGCGUUUUGUCUAAAGCCUUUGAAAUGUGUUGCCAGCGUUUUCUUCGAUUUCUAUUCAUAGUUAAAUUUUAGGCAUAUAAGUAUACCAGGGUUGAUAUAUUAGAAUAUUUCCAUUUAUAUGCACAGUUUCAAUAUAAGUACAAGCAUUGUAGUUAUAUACCAUGUUUAUUGACCUAUUAUUCUUAUGAAUAUAUAUUUUUAGUUAUCUAAAUUAAUAUCGAAUACUUGAAGAUAAAGUAUUUUUAAUUUUGCCAAUUCGUGGUAAUUAGAACAUUAAUCGAAUAGUAAUUGAGCAGCGCUUCAAAUAUAUUUGGAAUAAAGCGGGAACUGUAAAAAACUGACAGUUGACGUUUAAGAAUACUUGACAACUAUGGUUUUAUACGGCAAUAUGAGUAAUAGGUAUAAAUUUUAAACGCGCUUCCAUAGUUUCUAAUACGCCCACAGAGCGCUUCGGUUUUAUAUAAAAGUAUCCUUAAUUUUCUAUUAGCUAUUCGAUUAUUGUUCGUCAUAGAUACGUCUAUUGACUAUUAUCUAUGGCUGAUAUAAAGUUUACCCCUUCAGGACUGAAUGGGUGCAAACAUGUCUAUAUAAUAUAGUAUAUUACAUUCUUGUUAAAAAUUCAGUACAAGAAACCUGUCUUUCAUUAAUAUUAUAAUAUUUUAUUUGACCGGAUCAAGGCACGUAUUUAAUUAAAAUCAUUGUAAACGUUUCUACGCGGUAAAUUAAUAGACUAGUUUAAAAAAGGUGAUAUAAAUAUUUAUUUGCUAGACAUGUUGUUAAAAUGAAACAGGAAUAGUAUUUUAUAUUUUUAUUUAGAUUGUUCCAAGCAUUGUUCACACCAAAUAUAGUGUGCAUUUCUAGGUUAAGUGAUCUUAAAUAAUUUGUGACAAUAUAAAAUAUAAUCAUGUCUUGUAGUGUUAUUUUAUAAAAAUAAUGAAUUGUUGAUUCGAAUUCUUUAGACAACAAAAAUAAUUUGGAGAACAGACCCUUCGUAUUAAGAAAAAAUCAUAAACAUAGAUUACAAACUUUCCUUACGGCCAGGCCAGGUUUUUCGACCAUAUUGUCCUUUUUAUUUUCAAAACACUAACGAAGAUUCUCGAAUAGAGACAAAUGAGUAACAUUACUGUGUUACACAUAUUUGUAACGUUUAAAAUGUCAUCAUCAUUCAUUAUUUGAGUAUUUUAAAUGAAAAAUAAAUAUAAAGCCGUUUUGUAUUGUCACAAAUUGAAAUAUUAACAAAAAUUGUUUUUUUAUACUUAAACAUGUGAUCGUCUUUAUUAUAAGAAAAUUAUUACUAAUUCAUUAAUAAAGGUUCGUAAACAAUUAUUUUUUUAGAUAUGUUCAUGUUUUGUGGUCUUGAACGCCGUAUCAUUUAAAUCAAAUGUUAUGAUAGUGAAAUAUGUUAUAGGUAAAUCCAGACUAAGCUUUUCAAGUUUUAUACUUUACUUAUACAAUUAUGCAUAAUUUAUAGGCGUGUAGACUCGGCUAGGGCUCGGUCAUAUUUGGGUUUCAAUAUUUUGCAAACAAACUUUUUUCUGCGCUAUAUCGCAAUCGACAGGCGUUUAAAAUAGCAAGUUGGAAGAUAUUUUUUUGUGUAUAAGGACUUUUAUUAAAUAAGUGUUUGAUAAAAAGCUGUAUACAAUUUGCAAGAUACUGAAAAUCAAAUGUAUGUAUGUUUGAGACAUUGAUGAAUUACUGUUGUUAUGGUUCGAAUGUUAGUGAAAUUGUGAAAAUUUUCACAGUUAAUAAAAAAUAUAUGAAUUAAA